AUGGCGAUCGUGGCUCAAAUAAAAUUUAGCAAAGGAAAGAAUUUCAAUCCUGCCGCAAUGACCACCGAGUUCCCACCUAUUGAAGAAUUCCCCACCUCCACAACAACAACCAGUCUCGCUGACGACUCUACAAGUGACUUUCUUGCUAGAGAACAAGCUAUUCUGGGUGAGGAUGCCGCACGGUUCGGUGGAAUCAACGGGUCUGCAAAUGAACUUGAGAGAUUCCCUGAUCUUAGUACUGGAGAUGUUGACCCAACAACGUUGAAUGUGACACCAAGCAUUGGUAUUGGAUUGGGGCUUGGUAAUGAGUUUCCACCAGUUUCCGGGAUAAGUGACAUUACGUCUACGUAUUCGGGUACGAUGAUCGAAACUGCUUCUUUCUAUCAGCCACAACAAGAAGAAGAGGAAUUGGAAGAAGCGACUGAGGUUUUAAAUGAAUGGCGGGAGCGUGCCCAGCAAACAAUCGAUGAACGCGAAGAGCGUAAUAGGGAAAAGCGUGAGAAGACAAUCGAACAAGCACAUGCGGACAUAGAUCGAUUCUAUGAAGAUUACAAUGCCAAAAAAGUCAACAUACUAAAGCAGAACGAAAUCGAUGAGGCGGAAUUCCUAGCAGAACGCGAAAGGCUUGCGUCAGGCACUACAUGGGAGCGAGCAUGUAAAAUUCUCGGGCUCACCAGUGCGCAGAGCAAAACGCCAUUCAUAAAUCAAAAGGAUGUUACAAGGUUUAAAGAGUUGUUGCUAAGUCUGAAGAGUGACGAGAAUGCGCCAGGUGCUGCUGGAUACUGA